AUGGGCGCGGCGAGCUCGAGGCUGGAGAAGGCGCUGGGCGAGCAGUUCCCCGAGGGCGAGCGAUACUUCGGCCUCGAGAACUUCGGCAACACCUGCUACUGCAACAGCGUCCUCCAGAUCAGCAAUCAGAAGAAGAAAACAGGCGUUAUUGCUCCAAAGCGUUUUAUUCAACGACUGAAGAAACAGAAUGAGCUUUUCCGCAGCUAUAUGCAUCAAGAUGCUCAUGAAUUUCUGAAUUUUUUGUUGAAUGAGCUAGUUGACAUUCUCGAGAAAGAAUGUAAAGCCAAUAAAGAAACUCCUCAAAAUUCAUCUUCAAAUAAGAGUUCUAAUGGCCCUAUUAAUGGUCAGCCCAAUGGUAGUCAUAAAGAACCAGAGACUACAUGGGUCCACAAAUGCUUCCAGGGAAUAUUGACUAAUCAAACAAAAUGUCUGAGAUGUGAAACCGUCACUGAUAGAGAUGAAACAUUUCUUGACUUGAGCCUGGAUAUAGAACAAAAUAGUUCAAUCACCAGCUGUCUUAAAAACUUCAGCUCAACAGAAACUUUGAACGCCGAGGAUAAGUUCUUCUGUGACAAAUGCUGCAGUUUACAAGAAGCACAGAAAAGAAUGAAGAUAAAGAAACAGCCAAACAUCCUGGUAAUCCAUCUCAAGCGCUUCAAGUACAUCGAGCAGCUUGGGCGCUACAAAAAGCUGACAUACCGAGUUGUUUUCCCACUGGAGCUUAAACUCAUGAACACGGUCGACAACUCAGACUUGGAAUAUUCCCUCUUCGCUGUGCUAGUCCACGUCGGAAGUGGGCCAAACCAUGGCCACUACAUCAGCGUGGUAAAGAGCCACAACCACUGGUUGUUCUUCGACGAUGAGACUGUUGAGAUGACCGAUGAGUCCAUGGUACAGACAUUCUUCGGCUCGGCACAGGAGUUCAGUGGUAACACCGACAAUGGCUACAUACUCUUCUACGAAAGCGUCGCUAAAACAAGCUGA